AACCACGAGACAAGCCACAACGCACAAUUAACCCUUUCACGACUCCAAGACCUGACCAGCCUGAAGUUUCUCCCCACUAUACACACCCCAAGCAAAAUGAACAGGUCAGCGCAACGCGCUACAAUGGAGGGAAAUGAAGUCAUCACUGAUAUUCUAAGUGAAAAAGAGAUCAAAGUGAUAUUGAAACUCCGUGAUCUGUGUGAAGGGCUAGACGCAGUUGAUGCCGUGAGGGAGGCGUCGUGUGGAGAAGGAUCCAGGUGGAUCUCUGUGACACGCAAUGAGAUCGAAAUUCUAUACAAGGUGAUCGCCGCGUUUAGACGCAUUUGUCCACACAAAGGAGAGUAUGACUUGGAGAAUGAAGCCGAUGAAUGGGAAGAUGAGAAUUCUUACUCCGUCUCCGCGACUUUUGAAGAAAGCUAUAUAGAGUCGGUCAGCCCGGGUCGGUUCAUCGUGGAGAUCAGUGAGAGUGAAAGGGAGAUCAUAAGUAAUGUUAGCAAUAAGAUAGAGAGGGAGAGAAUUCAUAGGGAUGCAAACGAUGACGAGGAUGUAGAACAAGGAAGAUUUGUCAUGACUUCGAUGCUAUCACGAAUACGUGGUUAUUUACUAGAAAAACGCAAAACUGGGUGGAUUAGUGGGACUAACAUGGACCCAACGACAUUGACUUUGCUAAGCCAUACGCCACGGGACGUCACACAACCUGUAAGGCUACUCAAGAAGACACGUACUGAUGACAAAAGUGGCCCAUCUAAUGUUACACUACUUAGUCAGUCACGGCAUGAGGACAAUGAAAGUGUCCCCUCUAGUGUCACGCUACUCAACCAGUCACGCAAUGAGUGCGGAGAAAUUGAACCAUCUAAUGUCACGCUACUCAACCAGUCACGCAAUGAGGGCGGAGAAAUUGACCCAUCUAAUGUCACGCUACUCAACCAGACACUCGAUGAGGGAAAUGAAAGACACCCCUCUGAUGUCACGCUACUCAACCGAUCACGCGGUGACGACAAUGAAAGUGACCCAUCUAAUGUCACGCUACUCAACCAUUCACGCGAUGAGGGCGGAGAAAGUGACCCUUCUAAUGUCAGGCUACUCGACAAGUCACCCUUGGAUAAUAACAAUGAAAAUAAAAAGGGUAGACCAUUGUUAGGCAAUGACGCGGCAAGGUCGUCAGAUUUCAUGAAAGCAAGAGAGACGCUAGAGCCCCAGACGUCAUGCAUUACCGGGAACUCUUUUGAUUCUCUUGACUCCCUUGACAGUGUCACGCACUUUUCUAUCGAGGUAAAUUCUACCAAAGGUAAUGGUGUCACGCAAGGAUGUGUAAGUCAAAGUGGUGUCACACAAUCUAAGUUCGCGCAAGGUAGUGUCACACAAGCAAGUGAUACGCUGUCACGCACUAAUAACAAUGAAUACAAUCUAAAAAGCGCCAUCGACUCUGGAAGCGUCUCGCUUCUUCCCCACAGUGACCUCAUGGCCGAUGUACACACCGACAGGGAUAGUUUACACAGAAGAAAUGGCACAAUCCCUCGAGAGCGAUUCCGUCGGGCUAUCAAAGCUGUCAUGAAUGAAAACAGGAAGAAGAGACACGAGGUCGAGUUCUGGAAGAGCCGCGGAGAUGCCAGUUACACCGAGAUAGUUAUGAUCCUCCUUGCAGUCGCGUUUUUUGGCGUAGACUUGGCAUCGGACAUUAAAGUGACCGCUGAUCAUUUCAUUGCGGGCGACUACGCUUACGGAGUGCUGACGAUCCUGCUACUCUUAGUGUCAGCGGUUAUCGUCAACGUAAUGUCAGUGCUUUGCUACAAGGACGACGAGGAAGAGGUCAAUGGGCGUCGACCGGAGAGUGGUUGGUGUGUUGUCAUGGUAACGCAUUCGUUGUUGCUAGGAUUACUUGAGAGGUACUGGCGAAUCUUGGUGAAAGCUUACCGCAUCAAAACGCGCCAACUGUACAGCGUGAUGCAUUUCCAAGAACACAUUUCCAUGAACCUGGACGUGACGUUCUUGUACGUGAUUAUGGCUUUUACAGAAGACGCCCCGCAGCUCACGUUACAGCUCUACAUCCUCUUUCGCCGCUACAUACAACGCACGGUACCAGAGACGAGCCUGCGGGACAUCUGGACAGCGGUCUCUAUCUUCCUCUCUUUCAUCUCGUACUCACGUGUUGUUGUAGAUUACGUGAAAUGCCUUCGCGAUUCCAAGAAACGUCGCGGUCGCCUGCACUGGCACAUGUACUGCAUGAUGUGGCUGUGGCGCUCACUCUUGUUCACAUCUCGGGUUUUAGUUCUUGUAUUUUUCGCGGCGAAGUUCCCGUAUUGGCUAUUUCUCUUUUUGUCGCUGCACAGCGCAUUGGUGCUCGCCUUCAUCAGUAAACAUAAACUUGGCUUGUUCCCGAGGCAACCUUGGAAACAAAGAUUCACUAGACUUGUUAUCGCCCUCAUUCACACGUUUUGUAUAUUCUUUGUGGAGGCCGAAAGGCUCUGGUAUUGGGCAACAGUGUACUAUACUUUGGAAUUUGUGGAAGCUAUUGUACUCACAGCACUGUGGUUCACGCAGCCGACUACGUUGGUCUCUGUGGGGUUUGAGGUCACUGCCGUUCUGACUAUCGCAUUGUGCUAUGCUCUAGGGCUCGUAAUUAUGGUCGUGUACUACAAAUGUCUUCAUCCGGAUCUUGCUCGAGUUUCGUCUAGUAAAAAGACUCAUUAUUUCUAUAGGAAGAAGAGAGACAGGCAGAGGAACAUGGAGGCUGGAAACCCUGAAGUCAAAGAGCGAAAGAGAAAGAGGAGUGAGGUAUGGGGAUUUGACUGAGACACCUUGGGAAGAUUGACUUUCCAAUUUUUUCACUCGAAAACAAAUCCAUAUGAAAA